AUGCUACAUAUCCGACGCUGGGCGUCGAUGCCCGCGAGGCGAAACACGUCGAAUAUUCGUGCAAAGCUUCAGCAUUUCAUCAACACAGGAGAGAUCCAGGAAGUGACUCCCCAGCAGGCUGCGGCAAAUCUUCAACGAAAGAACCGCCGUGUAGCUGCUGAUGCCGCCAAAAAUACGCUUAGUCCACAGAAAGCACUUCUUUUACUUCGAGCAAAGUAUGACUCUGCCUUGUUGAAACGGCGUCUGUCUGCUCAGCCCAUAGAUUUGGAGAAGCUUCGACCUUCUGACUUGAAUGUGGCUUCAGAUAAGUCAUUAGCCAUUUUUGAGAGUCUUAUGGAGAUCAAGCGUAUAAGCAAGAAAAAGAUCCCUCCGAAGCUUAUUCUUCAUCUUCUUGGAAUCACGCCGGAAGUACUCUUGGACCCAUUUAAAAUAACUGAGGAAACACUCAAAUUGCUUGAGAGGGAUCAGAACACUGUCAGAGCCAUGGAACUCUGUCACUUGGGCCGGGGGAAUGCAGUGGUGGCGCUGAACGCUGUGAUCCAGUGGUGUAUGGAACAUGGAAAAGUCGAUAUGGCUCUGAAGGCUCUUCACGAUAGAAAACGCUGGAUGAUUCCCUUGAAUGAACAGACCCACGUUCUUUACUUUGAUGGGUUGGCAAAGAACUAUAGCUGGGAUGGUGUUUCGCAUUCUAAAGCCCAAGAGAUUCUCCAAAUAUACAGCAGAGUGAAACGGCCACUGGUGCAAGUGUUCAAUGCUUGCUUGCUGGUUCUUAUGAAAUGUUUUAGCAAUGGCCAGCAGCUUGCAUUGGAUUUCUUUGAGACUGCAGAAGAUUCAAAAACGGUGUGGCCAGAUUGUCAAACGUUCACGAUCUUUUUGAACGGAAGAAAGCACUACAUCCAAAACGAAGUCACUCGCAUCAAGUCUGCUCCGGACAUUUCCGCUUCUGAGCGUACAAAACAGCUUUUUGCUGCUCAGGCAGAGCUUGUGGAGACCGCUGUGAAUGUCUAUGAGAAGGUUAGAGCUCUGGCCAUGCCACCUGUACCACCUACAAAAGAAGAGGCCGAGGCUAAUCCAGAGAAGUUAGAAAAUUAUAGAAAAGAAAUCAGCGAAGUGUUGAUGGAUAUAGAUCCCGUCUUUGCCACAACUUUCUUGCUGUGCUUCAUUAACAAUUUUUCUGGUACCGCUGUCACUGCAAAAUCUGGCUCCCAUUAUCAAUACAUGCUUCACGGGCUUGAAUUCUUGAAAAUGUGGUGCCCGGAGGUGGAGCUGAUGUUGCAUUUUGCAUUGGAAAAUCACGAAACCAAAAUUAUUGUACCUGCGAGUGAUAUUAAGAGACGCACCGAUGAAAGAGUCGACGAUGCUGAAGUUCCUGAAAAGGACCGCCCCCUGACUCAUGUCAAGGAGUUGUCGAGAGAUGAGGUGAACCCAUUAGUAGUUUUUCCUCCUCCCCCUUUUUCAAAUAACAAAACUAGAGCCAUAUUCUCAAAUAAAAGGAAGCGGUUGGUGGACUUUUCGAGGCCAAAGUUUUCUGACGUACACAAGUUGCUCAUGCACCAGACGUAUGUCAACCUGGAGGGAAAGUUUGGAAAAAAGUUGCCGCUGCUGCAACAUAUUUCAUUAGAAAAAGGCAUUGGAGUGAACACUUUCUUGUUGGCACUUGCCUUUGAGUCGCUUUCAAAAAUUGGGGCCGUAAAGGAGUUCUAUCUAGCUAUGUGGUAUGCUUUGACCAAAUGGGGAGGCAUUUAUAUCAGUCGUACGGACUUGAAACGCUGUACAGCUGAGGGAUUGACUUGUGGUGCCCUUCCUAAAUCCCAGUACCCAGACUUGACAAGGGUACGGGAUGAGAAUGACAAGUUCGUCGUGAAAGAAUGCCUAUUGGGAGAUGGGUCCGCCUCCGAAGAUUCUGGAGAGUUCAACAAGCUUUCUUUCAACGAGAAAAUGAGCUUGACUGGACGCCACGAAUCAUCUGUCGUGGAUGUGAUGUUGGUGGAAAAUUUCAUUUAUAAAAUCGAUGAAAAUUUCCCUAAGCGGAACGUGCCUGCCAGGUUCGUCACUGAGCUUUUGGCGGCCAUAGUUUCUCCUGCUUCCAAUUUAUCGAAGUCUCUCAAGCCCCGUGAAAAGACUUUCGACUCAGUUUUUGCUGUUCUCAAGAGGGACCUCUAUGCUUACAACGACAAAAACCUCCACAAAGGAACUGUCAGCAACCGCAGAAGGAAAGUGCCCAACAAUACGCCGAAGUCAUCGCUUACCACUGAGCAACUUCACGAUGUGCUCGAUUCCUUAACAACACUCAUGAGAUGUAUAAUGGUGGCGGAAUCAAGAGAGUAUGGUUUGCACAAGAAUAGACAGUCGCUUAUGCUGAACAAAUUUGUUGAGUCUUACGACGGCCUCAUUAAGCACAUCAAGAGUGCCACAUGGACUGACGCUCCAGACAACCACGAAAAUGCAUUAGAGGUACACAAGAAGAUUCUUGGAUCAGGAAUCUUGUUCUAUGUGCCCAAAGAACUUUAUGACCCGCGCAAGAACAUUGCCAAUGCCACGGCCGUUGAAGAUUCUGUCCGGUACGUUUAUAGAAAGUUGAAGGACAGAGAUCUAGAUGAGAAGCUGAAGAAGUUGAUGUUGGCGUUAAAGACAUUCAUUCAAUUAGACCCUGAAGUCUCCGAUGCAGCUGAGAAGCUCAAAGCACAUCAAUGGAGAAUCUACAAUGCCUGUAAAUAG